CGGUGCCCGAGGCGACGGUCUGAGGGAGCGAGGGCUGCCCCGCCGAGCGAGUCCCGAGCCGCCGCCGCGAUGCUGGAGGAGGCGGGCGAAGAGGUGCUGGGCUCGGUGCUGCUCAAGGCCUCGUGCCUGCCGCUCAGCUUCCUCCUGGUGCUGCCGGCCGUCCUGCUGCUGCUACUGGGCCCGCCGCCCGCCUCGGCCGCCCACGAGUUCACCGUCUACCGCAUGCAGCAGUACGAGCUCGGCGGGCAGCCCUACGGCACUAGGAAUGCUGUGCUAAAUACAGAGGCGCGCACGGUGGAAGCGGAUGUGCUGAGUCGGCGCUGCGUGAUGAUGCGGCUAAUGGACUUUUCCUAUGAGCAGUACCAAAAAGCCCUCCGCCAGUCAGCUGGCGCCGUGGUGAUCAUCCUGCCGCAGAGCAUGUUGUCAGUGCCUCAGGAUGUCAUCCGGCAAUUCAUGGAGAGAGAGCCAGAAAUGCUGGCCAUGGAAACCAUUGUACCAGUCUACUUUGCAGAGGAAGACGACGAGCUUCUCUCAAUCUAUGAACAAACACAGGCAGCUUCUGCAUCACAAGGCUCGGCCUCAGCUGCUGAAGUUCUGCUGCACACGGCCACUGCCAAUGGCUUCCAGAUGGUGACCAGUGGGGCCCAGAGCAAAGCCAUCAGCGACUGGCAGAUCACCAGUGUGGAGGGCCGGCUGACCGGUCUGGGAGGAGAAGACCUACCUACUAUUGUGAUAGUGGCUCAUUAUGAUUCCUUCGGUGUUGCCCCGUGGCUCUCCCAUGGUGCUGACUCUAAUGGCAGCGGAGUCUCAGUGCUCUUAGAACUGGCCAGGCUGUUUUCACGUCUCUACACCUACAAGCGGACCCAUGCUGGGUAUAAUUUGCUGUUCUUUGCUUCUGGGGGUGGCAAAUUCAACUACCAAGGGACAAAGAGGUGGCUGGAAGACAACCUGGAUCACACAGAUUCCAGUUUAUUGCAGGACAAUGUGGCUUUUGUCCUCUGCUUGGACACUCUGGGCAGAGGGAACAGUCUUCACCUGCAUGUCUCGAAGCCUCCUAAAGAGGGGACCCUUCAGUACGCUUUCCUGAAGGAGCUGGAACUGGUAGUUGCCAGCCAGUUUCCGGAAGUGAAGUUCUCAAUGGUGCACAAAAAGAUCAACCUGGCAGAAGACAUGCUGGCUUGGGAACACGAGCGCUUCGCCAUCCGCCGCCUCCCAGCCUUCACUGUUUCUCACCUGGAGAGUCAUCGGGAUGGCCUGCGCAACAGCAUAAUGGACGUGAGGUCAGCUGCUGGGGCACGGGUCAACUCCCAAAUCCUAACCCGCAACACUCGGAUCAUCAUUGAGGCAUUGACCAGAGUGAUCUACAACCUCACCGGAAAGGGAGUUCCUGCUGACCUCCAGGUCUUCACAGAGCAGAUGGUGAGCAAGUGUGAGCCUGCGGGAAGUGUUCUUAUCCAGCAGGAGCAGAUGGAGUCGGUGAUGGACUGGCUCACCAGCCAGCCAAGGGCCGCUCAGUUGGUCGACAAAGACAGCACCUUCAUCAAUACUCUUGAAUACUACAUGAGCCGGUACUUGAAAGAUGUCAAGCAGCACCACAUUAAGGCAGAUAAGCGGGAUCCUGAAUUUGUGUUCUACGACCAGCUCAAGCAGGUGAUGAAUGCUUACAGGGUCAAGCCUGCCAUUUUUGAUCUCCUCCUGGCGCUCUGCAUAGCAGCCUAUCUCGGAAUUGCCUAUGUCGCAGUCCAGCAUUUCAGUCUCCUUUACAAGCUGGUACGGAGGGUGUCCUUCAAGUCCAAGCAGCAGUGAAAGGACAUUCAGAGCUGAGCCAUUGGAAGGGGAGCCCCUCGUAACCCUCUUCUCCUGCGCUGGAUGCUGCUGUUGCCACCAGUCUCUGCUGCUGUCCCCCCAUGACACUGGAAUGGGAGAAGAGGCUCAGAUCCAGAACUCUUCCGCUCUUUGCAUUUUGCAGACCUGCAUUUGUUCCCCACCCCUUUUCAGAGACGACAUCCGCAGAUACGUCACCGCCUCUCUUGAACUGAUUGGGCAUGGGGACACACACACACACACACCCCGGAGAGCCUUUCUGAGAGCAAAGACGGUUCUGUAUUUAUGAAGCUGCUGAACUAGGAGUGAGUGAACUGUGCCAUAUGUCCCAGCUUUGGGGGCAGAAACCUGGAGGCCAGGGUGUGGGGCCUGCCUGUCAAGAGAGGAUUUGGAAGGCUGCAGUGGGGGGGGGGGCUGUUAUGUUGGGUUUUUUUAAGUGCACAUGUAAAUUAAAGGACUACCAAGAGA